AUGCUUGCUCAAAGACUCGGUCUCCAAUCAGCGCGCCGCUUGGCGGUCCGCCAGCCUGCGCUCCUCUCAUCCCGCGCUCCCCAAGUCCUGUCCAUCGCCGGCCUGGUGCAGCAAAGACACGCCGCAUUCCAGACCGUUUCCGCCAACGAGGCCUCGCAACAGAUCCUGGCCAAGCAGCGCUUGAACCGCCCCGUCUCGCCUCACUUGGGCAUUUACAAGCCUCAGAUCACCUGGUACGGCUCUGCUCUCAACCGUGUCACCGGUGUCGCCCUCUCCGGUGGGUUCUACCUCUUCGGUCUCUCCUACUUGGUCGCCCCCGCCUUUGGCUGGCACGUCGAGAGCGCCGCUCUUGCUGCUUCCUUUGCCGCAUGGCCCGCCGCUCUCGCCAUUCUCGCCAAGCUCGUUGCCAGCUUCCCUUUCACCUACCACAGCUUCAACGGCCUGCGACACUUGAUGUGGGAUAUGGGCAAGGGUAUCACUAACAAGCAGGUCCAAGUCACUGGCUGGACCGUUGUUGGACUCAGUGUCCUCAGCAGCUUCGUUCUCGCUCUUCUGUAG